AUGUUUCAUUUGGAAUUCCUACAAGUGAUUCUCAUUGUCUUUAAUCAAAUUAUCCUCACCCCACCCAAGGGCCAAGAGGAAUCUCGAGUUUCAACAAUGUCAACCGGAGAAAAAGACUCAGACUUCCAUGCCACAGAAAUGUAUGCAAUAGUUACAGGAUCAAACAAGGGAAUAGGCUUAGAAUUAUGCAAGCAACUGGCUUCCAAAGGGGUUCGAGUUGUGCUAACUGCUAGAGAUGAAAACAAAGGCAAAAAAGCAAUGGAAAGUCUUAAAGAUCAUGCCCCUUUUCAAAAUGAUAAUAUAGUUUUUCAUCAACUUGAUGUGUUGGAUCCAACUAGCAUCUCUUCUCUUGUUGAAUUUAUGAAAGCCAAAUAUUGGAAGCUUGAUAUUUUAGUGAAUAAUGCCGCAGUUUUAGGAGUGAGUGUAGACGCCCGUGCAUUAGAAGCUUCAAUAAAUGGCAAGGAGCCAGGACAUAUCAAAUGGGAGGAAGUUUCAACACAACCAUAUAAUUUAGGAGAAGAAUGCAUUCAAACAAAUUAUUAUGGAGCAAAGAGGAUGGUUGAAGCUUUCAUGCCUCUUCUCUUGUUGUCUGAAUCUCCAAGAAUUGUUAAUGUUUCAUCUAGUUCUGGAAAAUUGAAGUUUGUAAUCAACGAGUGGGCUAGUAACAUCUUAAACGACAUCAAAGCUCUCAGUGAAGAUCGAAUCGACAAGAUUCUUGAAAUUUUUCUUAAAGAUUUAAAAGAGAAUUCAUUAGAAACGAAGACGUGGCCUACAUUCUUAUCGGCAUACACAAUAUCAAAAGCAGCCAUCAACGCAUACACAAGAUUAUUGGCAAAGAAGCAUCCAAGCAUUAUCAUAAAUUCUGUUUGCCCAGGAUACGUGAAAACAAGUAUAAAUUACUUUUCAGGAUACUUGAAUGUUGAAGAGGGUGCACAAAGUAUCACGAGGCUUGUGUUACUGCCCAUGGAUGGGCAUUCUGGUCUUUUCUUCUAUAGAGAUGACAUAUCGUCAUUUUAGUUGAAAACCAUGGUUUGUACAAGGGAUGGUAUUUAGAACCGGAAAACCAGAACCGAAACCGGAAUCGGACCGGAACUCGUACCGUUAGAACCGGAAUAUAUAGAACCGAUUCCGGUUCCGGGUUCAAAAAUUGGCUUUAUAUAUCCGGGUUCCGGGUAAUCCAGGUUUGGGUCCAUCGGGUCCGGGUAAACCGGGUUUAAAAACCGGAACCACAUUUUAGGGCCGGAAUCAGUUUUUUGUGAAACGUUUAAAAGAUGCAUAUCUCAUUUGUUUCAACUCCGAUUGACAUACGGUUUUUUUCAACAUGUAGUUUAGAGUUUGUACAUGAUUUUAGACUAUAAAUUUGUCAUUUUUAGUCUUAUAUUUAUUGACUUACAGUCCCCC